GUAUUAGAUAUGACGUCAUUUGUAUUAAUUGGACGACGCGUAGCGACGGCCGGCGUCCAAUGUCAACCGUUUGCGUGUUUUGUAGCGUCGCGGGCGUCAGUUGUAACGCGUUACACGUGCUAUGAACACUUUAACAACAAACUGUUCGUUGUAUUUCCAAUACACACACGUUAAUUACCUCCAGUCGUGUAUAUUUACAGUUUAUGACUAACAAUGAUAACGAUGCAAAUUGCCUACCCGAUUUAAAGUUUUAUUUGCAAUGUGAAAAUUUAAAGAAAAUGAGUGAAUGACUUGCGAAACACGAAAAUGGUGACGCGUCCUGGAAACCUGUACAAAACUCCUCCAGGAUCACGUGGCACCAGUCCUGCCAGGAGUCUGAACAGGAGCACUAAACCCAGUCCGGUCCAGUCACCGAAUCGGACUUCGAGAAGUCCACUCAGGACUACCUCGAAGAAGAUUCAAAGCAGUCCCGACAGACAGAGAAAAACUCCGGAGAAAGUUUUGAUAAGGUCGAGGGGCAACAGUCCGGCGAAAAGUCGGGACAGUUUGCCCGGUUCAAGAGGGAGCGAUUUUGGUAGCAUAGAGCGACUGGAUGACGAUAACAAUCUACAAAGAAUAAUUACAAGUUACAAUCAAACGGAAGAUAAUAUUAAUGUAGUCGUCAGGGUGCGACCACUCAAUAACCGUGAAAAAAAAUCGGGUGAUACUUCUGUGAUACAAUUCCCUGGCAAUGGUCAAGUCUUGGUGGAUGGAAUACCAGGCGGUCCAAGUGGCGGUCAGAAACCUAAACUUUUCUCAUAUAACGUAGUUUUCGAGCCUGCGGCCACUCAGGAAGACGUUUUGCAGUUUUCAGGCAUGAAAAGACUCAUUGAAAUGGCGCUUGAAGGGUUCAGGUGUACGUGUUUUUGUUAUGGACAAACUGGAAGCGGAAAAACACACACACUGACAGGACCUCCUGGCCUUUUCGGGGUGAGACCGGCCCCUUUUAGUGAUAAACACGGCCUUGUUUUUCGAUCGUUCCUUUAUUUGUUUCAACUGAUACAACAAAAAACCGACGUACAUUUCGUCCUCAAAGCCAGCUAUCUGGAGAUUUACAACGAAAAGGUAAUUGAUUUAUUAAAUCCUGGAAGCGCAAGGAAGCCCCUAGCAGUCCGGUGGAGCAAAAAAGCACGCGGUUUUUUCGUUGAGAAUCUUUUUACGGUCGACUGUGAAGAGCUCGACGACUUAAUUGCAGUUCUGGAAGAAGGAUUAAGAAAUCGUGCUAUAGGGAAGCACAACAUGAAUGAUUUUUCCAGCCGAAGUCAUACGAUUUUAACUGUUUAUAUCACGUCUGAAGAACCAGCUGAAGGAGGUGUUUUUCUCUCGAGGUCUGGGAAAAUAAAUUUCGUUGAUUUGGCGGGAAGUGAAAUGACCAAAAAGACACAAAGUGAGGGCAAAACGUUAGAAGAGGCGAAUAAUAUUAAUAAAAGUCUGAUGGUGUUAGGGUACUGCAUAUCGUCGUUAAGUGAUUCCAAGCGAAGGAACUCGCAUAUUCCUUAUCGAGAUUCAAAACUGACCAAGCUCCUUGCAGAUUCAUUGGCAGGAAAUGGCGUAACACUGAUGAUUGCUUGCAUUUCUCCUGCCAGAUCCAACAUCAGCGAGACCCUCAACACGCUGCGCUAUGCCGCUCGAGCGAAGAAAAUUCGAACAAAGCCUAUUGUCCUGAUGGACCCUCGAGAAGCGCUCAUUCUGAGCCUGAAACGAGAAGUGAAUGUCCUGCAGAGCGAAAACGAGCAUCUGCGCUCGGCGCUCAACGUCUACUCAGGGUCAACAGCAGGAGAUUUACCAACAGAGAGGAGAAUAGUGGUAACCCCACCCCACGUGGAUUUGGAAAAACUGGCCGAACUCGAAGGCCCCCAGCUCGCCGAACUCGUCCGCUUAUACAUGACCGAAAACGAAGCUCUCCGACGCGAAAACUCCGAGCUCUACUCUUCCCGCGAAAUCCUACAAAGAGACCACGAACUCGUCUGCCGGGAAAACGAGCGUUUACUAAAGAAACUCGAAGAAGUGAACUCUGUAUGUUGUAGGUCUCCCCUGAUUCCAGCCCGGCCCGCAUUUUCCGCCGAACUCCUCAACAGCAUCGACUCCGAAUCCACGACAAACAUUUGGUCGGACGGAGACAAAUCUUCACACAGCCGAUCGCCCCAACAAAUUCCGCAAUCGAUUCAGAAGGAGUUGGACAAGAGACAAAUUAAAACAGAGAUUCAGACGCCUAGACGCGGACACCGCAGGAACAAGUCCUUGGAAGAAAGCUCGAGCGAUUCGAAAGUAGUUCGAGUGAAAAGCUCCGAGUCAGACGGAGGCCCCGUUCUGAUAAAUCGUUCCGGCACUUUCGACUCGAAUAGUCCCGAAAGAGAACGCCAACUGGCAGGUAGGCGGUUUUCUGUGGCAAAACCGGACGAAAAUGAGCCGUCAAUGAAUGGAGCACGACGCAAAUUAGAGAAGAAUUCACAUAUUUUUGGAAGCGUUAUUUCCUUAACGGAUGAAGAAGACAUUUAAUUAAUAUAGCUCGAGUGAUACUGUAGCAAUACAUAAUCUUAUUUUAGUACGUUCUCCCAUAUUGUACCAAUAGUUAAUUUGAAGACACACUGUAGAAUUAAACACUUGGAAUAUUCAAAUUGUUACUAUUAAAACAAGGUACAAAUAUACAUUAUUUUACUAGAAAA